AUGCCAUAUACCCCGCCGUCACAGCAGUCGCCUGCCUCGUCCAAGUCGAACAGCCCCGUCAUCAGCCGGAGUUCCUCAUAUCAUCAGGAUGACAUCCCGCGGUCACCCGUCUCCUCGAGGCCGCAGCCACCGCGCUCACACUCGUCGGCGUCGUACCUGCACAAGCAUCGGCGGUCGCCGUCCAUAACCAAAUCAGAUGCCGCACCCCCAACCCCGACCGAUGCGGCCGAUUCGAAUGUCGAUGCACAUGACUUUGCCAGUCUGCGGCAGUCACCCCCGCCCGUCAAUCAACUGCGAAUCCCUACUGGUGCCGUCAUCUCGCCGCCCGAUUCCUCGGAGAAUUCAGAUGGCGAUGAGACGAACGCUGAGCGUGGUCGAGAACUGGAAAAGAACUGGGAUCAGCUGCAGCAGGCAGUCAGAGCCCUGCCUCAACAGAGGGAAGGAUCACCUGACAAGGUUGGCACCGAGUUGGCCCAACAAGGCACGGCAUCAGAGCCUGUAUCGCAGGUUUCGUCGCCGACGGCCUUGACGAAAGAAGCCCGUAAGAUUGCACACUCGAGAUCGUCGACCGAGACCAAGAUCAUCAUGAAGGCGGCUUUUGCAGAUUCGCCAACGCAGACGUCGGACGACAGCGAUGAAGAUGAGAACCCGAUGAACAAGCCUGCCCUGGUACGGAAGAAGUCCGGCGAGUUGGUUAAGCCGGCAUUGAGGCCGUCAUCCAGGCGGCGUUAUUCGAGCAUGCCUGGCACCCCGACGUACUCCAAGUCCGUGCACUUCAACGACAGCGACAACCAAACCAGACACUUCCUGCAAGUCGAUAAGCCAAUCGCUGUCAGCGCCGGUUCUUCACCCGUCGAAACAUACGAUAGCGAGUCCGAGUUUCCUUUCGAGGAGACCAAGAAGUCGGAAUUGGAUAUCAGAGUGGGCAAUUUCCCUGAAGACACCUUCGAGCGAAAGGCGAAACCUGUGCGGGUUGAACGUAUCUUCUUGUCUUCUGACAAAUCGACCCUCGUCGGUGUCUGUGCGGUUCGGAACAUCUCCUUCCAGAAACUGGUUGUGGUUCGCUUUACUCUCGAUUACUGGAAGACGACUUCUGAAGUCAUGGCAGAGUACAACAACGACCCCCGCAGCCCACCAAAAGAUGGUUGCGACCGUUUCAUCUUCCACAUCAAGCUCACCGAUCAGGCGAACAUCGACAGCAAGACCAUGUUGCUGUGCAUUCGCUACAACGUCGGCGGCACCGAGUACUGGGACAACAACAACGAUAGAAACUAUCAAAUCGACUUCAAGAGGACAGAGCAGAAAGUGAGGACCAACAAGCCUAUUCAGAGCAGUCCACUUGGUCAACGUCCCCUCAACGCCAUCCCACGCAGCAAGCACACUGGUCCACGUGGCCGGCCCGAGUCGGUUGACGAUGACUUUGUGUCACGCCUCGACACUACUGCUGCAUACCACUUCGGUUCGCCAGACAAGUUCUUGGGUGACCCUCAGUCUUCCAUCAAGCUCAAGACCAAAUCCAAGCGACCAGCGAUGUUCGCAACUGGCCCACCAACGGCUCCAACCAAUGGUCUGGGUAGCCGUUACGACUUUGGUAACUCGUUGUCAGCGGCUCUUUCUACCGCACAGGAUAAGCUUGGCCGUCAGAGUGGCCUUAUGAACGCCGCCAUCGCCGCCAAACCUCAGGCCAAUGGUAGUUACUUUGGUCCUGUCGACCGCACGGAACCAGCCAAGGUCGACGCCAAGACAGAGCGACCGGAUGCCAUCACCACUGACAGACCCGCCAUGGGGUCUGAGCAAUACAAGGAUCUUGUGCAGAAAUUCUGUUACUUUACUCCUGGAUCUGGAAAGGGAGUCACCUCACCUUUGAACGCUCCCAGGUCUGCUCCUGCCACUGAAAAGCCUCCUACAACGGACGGCGCAGAUGACAUACCAUCCACGUCGACAUCGGCAUCUUCAUCCGGGUCUAACUCGCCCGAGGACAAGUUCGAUGGCGCGAAUGAGAGAAUGUCACACUCGCCGGCAUUGGAGCCAUUCAAGUCGCGCUCUCAGUCUCCUGUCCCAAUGACAGGUCAGGGAUUGGGCGCUCGGUCGGCCUCUCCCGUCAGCUUUGGAUAUCCUUACCACAGCCAUCGAGAUGGAUAUCUUUCCGACACACCUACACCUACAGCAAUCCAUGGCUGA